GGCGGCGGCUUGGCCCGGCGUCCGCGGGCCGUGGGGGAUGGGGUCAGCGAGCUCCAGCCCUCGGCGGCGGCGGCGGCGUCCGUGAGUGUAAGGCGGGCGUCCGCGUGCAGGACGCGGGAUGGAGCGCCGCGGAUUUCAGUUUUUCUGACUGUUAUAUGAAAGGAUGAUUGCUCACAAACAGAAAAAGACAAAGAAAAAACGUGUUUUAUCAUCAGGCCAGCUCUCUACUGAUGUUACAACUUCUGAAAUGGGGCUCAAGUCUUUAAGUUCCAACUCCAUUUUUGAUCCGGAUUACAUCAAGGAGUUGGUGAAUGAUAUCAGGAAGUUCUCCCAUAUGCUAUUAUAUUUGAAAGAAGCUAUUCUUUCAGACUGUUUUAAAGAAGUCAUUCAUAUACGUCUGGACGAACUUCUCCGUGUUUUAAAGUCUGUAAUGAAUAAACAUCAGAACCUCAAUUCUGUUGAUCUUCAGAAUGCUGCAGAAAUGCUUACUGCAAAAGUGAAAGCUGUGAACUUCACAGAAGUUAAUGAAGAAAACAAAAACGAUCUCUUCAGAGAAGUGUUUUCUUCCAUUGAAACGUUGGCCUUUACCUUUGGGAAUAUCCUGACAAAUUUCCUUAUGGGAGAUGUGGGCAAUGAUUCAUUAUUGCGACUGCCAGUUUCUCGGGAAAGUAAGUCUUUUGAAAAUGUUUCUGUGGAAUCAGUGGACUCAUCCAAUGAAAAAGGAAAUUUUUCUCCUGUAGAACUAGACAGCAUGCUGUUAAAGAACACUGACUGUAUAGAAUUGGCUUUGUCGUAUGCUAAAACAUGGUCAAAAUAUACCAAGAACAUAGUGUCAUGGGUUGAAAAAAAGCUUAACUUAGAAUUGGAGUCCACUAGAAAUAUUGUCAAAUUGGCAGAGGCCACUAGAACUAGCAUUGAACUAGAGGAAUUUAUGCCACUGCAGUCUCUGUUUACCAAUGCUCUUCUUAAUGAUAUAGAGAGCAGUCAUCUUUUACAACAAACAAUUACAGCUCUGCAAGCCAACAAAUUUGUACAGCCUCUACUUGGGAGGAAAAAUGAAAUGGAGAAACAAAGGAAAGAAAUAAAAGAACUUUGGAAACAGGAACAAAAUAAAAUGCUCGAAACAGAGACUGCUCUGAAAAAGGCAAAAUUGUCAUGCACACAACGUCAAGAAGAGUAUGAAAAAGCAAAAUCUUCCAUGAUUCGUGCAGAAGAGGAGCAUCUGAGCUCAAGUGGUGGAUUAGUAAAAAAUGUCAACAAGCAGCUAGAAAAAAAGCGAAGGCUGGAAGAGGAGGCUCUUCAAAAAGUAGAAGAAGCAAAUGAACUCUACAAAGUUUGUGUGACAAAUGUUGAAGAAAGACGAAAUGAUCUAGAAAAUACAAAAAGAGAAAUUUUAACACAACUCCGGAAACUUGUUUUCCAGUGUGAUCUUACCCUUAAAGCUGUUACAGUUAACCUCUUCCAGAUGCAACAACUACAGGCUGCCUCCCUCGCAAACAAUUUACAGUCUCUCUGUGAUAAUGCCAAACUGUAUGACCCAGGCCAAGAAUAUAGUGAGUUUGUCAAGGCCACGAAUUCAACUGAAGAAGAAAAAGUUGAUGGCAAUGUAAAUAAACAGUUAACAAAUCAUCCCCACACUUCUGGAUAUGGACCUGCUGACUCACUAGAGGAUGUUGUGCGCCUUCCCGAUAGUUCUAAUAGAAUGGAAGAGGACAGAUGCUCCAACAGUGCAGAUAUAACAGGUCCUUCUUGCAUAAGACCAUGGACAUUUGGGAUGUUCAGUGACUCUGAGAGCACUGGAGGAAGCAGUGAAUCUAGAUCUCUGGAUUCAGAAUCUAUAAGUCCAGAGAGGCAGACUAGGUGUUUUGAACUCUCCCUUAGUGGCUUCAAGGAGGACACCUUGCCAUGGGUUAUACAGCUAGCAGGAGAAGAAGGAGACUUUCAUCGAAAACUUCCACGAACUCCGUCCAGUGGAACCAUGUCUUCUGCAGAUGACCUAGAUGAAAGAGAGCCACCUUCCCCUUCAGAAACUGGACCCAAUUCACUUGGAACAUGCAAGAAAACAUUGAUGUCAAAGGCAGCUCUCACCCACAAGUUUCGCAAAUUGAGAUCCCCCACGAAAUGUAGGGAUUGUGAAAGCAUUGUAGUCUUCCCAGGUGUUGAGUGUGAAGAGUGUCUCCUUGUUUGUCACCGAAAGUGUUUGGAAAAUUUAGUCAUCAUUUGUGGUCAUCAAAAACUUCUAGGGAAAAUACACUUAUUUGGAGCAGAAUUCACACAAGUUGCAAAAAAGGAACCAGAUGGCAUCCCUUUUAUACUCAAAAUAUGUGCCUCAGAGAUUGAAAAUAGAGCCUUGUGUCUACAGGGAAUUUAUCGUGUAUGUGGAAACAAAAUAAAAACUGAAAAGCUUUGUCAAGCUUUGGAAAAUGGAAUGCACUUGGUAGACAUUUCAGAAUUUAGUUCACAUGACAUUUGUGACGUCUUAAAGUUAUACCUUCGACAGCUUCCAGAACCAUUUAUUUUAUUCCGAUUAUACAAAGAAUUUAUAGACCUUGCAAAAGAGAUCCAACGUGUAAAUGAAGAACAAGAGACAAAAAAGGAUAGCCCCGAGGACAAAAAAUGGCCAACGUGUAUAGAAAUAAACCGAAUUCUUCUAAAAAGCAAGGACCUUCUAAGACAAUUGCCAGCAUCAAAUUUUAACAGUCUUCAUUACCUCAUAGUACAUCUUAAGCGGGUCGUAGAUCAUGCAGAAGAAAACAAGAUGAACUCCAAAAACUUGGGGGUGAUAUUUGGACCAAGUCUCAUUAGGCCAAGGCCCACGACUGCUCCUAUCACCAUCUCUUCUCUUGCUGAAUACUCCAAUCAAGCGCGGUUGGUAGAGUUCCUCAUUACUUACUCCCAGAAGAUCUUUGAUGGGUCCCUACAGCCACAAGAUGUUGUUGGGUGUAGUACAGGCGGUGUUGCACCUCAGGUGGAUCAAGGCUGUCUUCUGAAGCCUCCGUUAUCACCAGAAGAAAGAGAACUAGACCGUUACAUGAAGUCACUGUUUUUUUCUUCAAAAGAAGAUAUCCACAUAGCAGAUAGUGAAAGCAAAAUUCUUGAACCAGCUACAUCGUUUGAGGAAUCAGAACGAAAGCAGAAUGCAUUAGAAAAAUGUGAUGCAUGUCUCAUUGACAGCAAAGUACAUUUGCUUGUAGACCAAGAGCUUGAAUCGGCAUCACAAAAGGUGGAAGAUGUUUUUAAAAGCUCCAAGCCACUUACUCUGAAAUCCGACAGGGAAACAAACAGUGUUGUUGAGAGGUAUACUCCAAGGACCAAGAUUAGACCUGCAAGUUUGCCUGUAGAUAGACUGCUUCUUGCAAGCCCUCCUCAUGAGAGAAAUGGCAGAAAUACGGGGAAUGUAAAUUCAGACAAAUUUUACAAGAAUCCUACGUUUGAAGGAGUUUAUAGAAAAGACACCCCUACUAUUUGUUGCAAGUUUGAUGGCUUUAACCAGCAAACUCUACAGAAAACUCGGGAGAAACAGUAUGAACAAAAUGACCUCACUGCAAAGACUGCAGUGAUUGUGCCCAGCGCGCUCCAGGAGGGAGGAGUGCUGACCAGCGUCAGGGUUGGUGGGGACCAUCCACUCAGCGCCACCCAGCCCAGUAAGCCAUACACAGAACCAGCCAUGUCAGCAAGACAGGUGUCAGAGAGACGGUCCUCUGACUCGUGCCCUCCUGCUCCUCUCAGAGCACCCAGAACACUGCAGCCCCAGCACUGGACAACGUUUUAUAAGCCACGUGCUCCCGCGGGUAGUGCGAGAGCGGCUGAGGAGAAACCCACAGCAUCCCCGCCAGGAGUGCCUCCUGGCUCCGCUCACAUCCCUCAGGGGCGUGCGCUGAAAUCAGUUCCAGACUCCGAAAAUGCACCGGCUUGUCCCGUGCAGCCACUCGGUAAGCCUAAGGAGAACUCGGAGGAGCGUGACCUGCCUGAUGUGCAUCCGCCGUGUCAGAGACCACGGCUUAAGCGAAUGCAACAGUUUGAAGACCUGGAAGAUGAAAUCCCACAGUUUGUGUAGGGUUGUCAAAAUUCAGCUUUUCUUUUUUAGUUGUUUUGUUUUGUGGUAUUGUGUUUGUUUUGUGAAAGAAUUUUUGACAGGGCCCCUUUUGUAAAGGAUUGCCAAAUUGUGGAUUUUGCUUUUUGUCAUUGUAUUGUAUUAUCCUGUGUUAUAUUGAAUAGUAGAAUAUUUUGAUAGGGCCACAUUUGUGCCUCACUGGAAUUACCUGUAUUUCUGAAGUUGUGAAUAAGUAGGUGGACUCAUAUUUUUUAAAGUUUAGUUGAUUUUCCUCAUAAAAUGGUCCAUUUAAAUGCAUCCCUAAUAUAUAGUUCUCAGCUAAUAGGUGCAAUUGGGAAAAAUCAGCUUUAUUUUUUUGAAGUGAAACUAUGCUUAUUUAUAAAACGAAUGUUUCUGAAUGCAAGUGCCUAAAAGAUCUUUGUUUAGUAUGAUUGUUUUUUUCACACAAUUUUAUAGUGCAUCUUUGACCAUUGUGCUUUUCUUGUUAUAUAUGUAAACUUUUUUUUUCCAAUUGGCAAUUUACUUAACUUUUAAAUAUUUACAUAAUGGCCAAAAGGCUUGCAAAUCUGUAUUUAAUUGCAUUUUAAUUAAUUGCCAGAUUUUACAUGUGGUAAUCAGUUGAAUUGUACAAAGAAAAUGCACUUAAACCUGUUUCUAAAUUACAUAGUUCAGUUUUAUCUUACUUGGCUUUAGAUGAUUUUAAUACAUUUAAUAGUUUUUCACCUGUUGGCUUUGUUCUACGUAAACUUUUGUUGUUCAACAGUUCUGAACCUUUUGGUAUUUUAUAUAAUGGUCCAAAAAAUGUUUUAAAAUUCAAUGCAUUUCCUCUUGAUAUUGUCUGUUUUUUUUUUUUUAAAAAACCAUCUCUUUUGUAUGAAAUGUUUUUACUUACAAAUAAUUUUAUGUACUUUUUCUACCUGGACUUUUAACCAUUGACAAUGUAUGUUUCAUCUGAAUCGUGCAAAGAUUUAUUUAAGUUGAUUCUAACUAUAGUUCAGUAAACCUCAUUGUUUUGGAAUUUGAGAGGAGGUAUAGAUGAUUUGGAUAUAUUUCAUUUAUAAAAUGCCCAGUUUUUAGAACUAGUGCAGUUCUGUUAUUGUCUGGGUUUCUUCAUUUUGCCUAAAAUAGGAUAUAAAAGGGACAAAAGAAUAAAAUAGCCUCUUUUUGUAUAUGUGAACUGUUUGUAGUAAAUGCUUU